CUGCAACAGGCUGAUUUACGUCGCUGUUUAGUUUAUAUUUUGCUUUAUCGGCCGGUUAAAGAGUUCGGCCUGUCAUGGAUGUUGCCGAAAUCCAAGCAGGACCCAACAGGGUCAAGGACACAGUUGGAGUCAGGGUACAGGAGUUGUUCCAGGACUUUUUAAAAGCAUUUAAGGAGGAUGGAGAAGUGAAAUACCUGAAUCCAGCAAAGGAGCUGAAGAACCUGGAGAAGUCGACCCUGGAGGUUAACUUUGAGGACGUGGACGCGUUCAACCAGAUCCUGGCCACCACCAUAUCCGAAGAGUACUACCGAGUGUACCCUUACCUCUGCCUGGCUGUGACGCAUUUUGCGCAGGACCACGCCGAGGUCGACACCGCCAACAAGGAACUGUACGUCUCCUUUGUCGGCGUGACCACCCGGUUCAAGCUCAGGGAGCUUUCAACCGCCAAAAUUGGCUCACUCCUCAAGCUGACAGGACAGGUGGUCCGCACGCACCCCAUCCACCCUGAGCUUGUUCUUGGUACCUUUGUCUGCAUGGAGUGCCAGACAGUCAUUAAAAACGUGGAGCAGCAGUUUAAAUACACCAUUCCGACAAUCUGUAGAAACCCUGUGUGUAACAACAGGCGCAAAUUCCUCUUGGAGAUUGACAAGUCCAAGUUUGUCGACUUCCAAAAGGUCAGGAUCCAGGAAAUCCAAGCAGAGCUACCUCGCGGCUGCAUCCCAAGAAGUAUUGACGUGGUGCUGCGAGCGGAAGCUGUCGAAUCUGUGCAGCCAGGCGACCGAGUCGACUUUACUGGCACACUGAUCGUCGUCCCAGAUGUCGGCUCCAUUUCCUUGCCGGGCGUCAGGGCCGAGCCUCCAAAAGGCCACAAGGAGGGCUCGGACGCCGACGCAGGGAUCAAGGGUCUCAAGUCGCUUGGCGUGCGAGAACUCAACUACAAACUGUGCUUCCUGGCUUGCAGCGUUGAGCAGACCAAGCCAAUGUUCGGUGGCACUGAAAUGCAGCUUAAUGAGAUUACGCCUGAGUUGAUGAAGAAGUCCAUGACUGAUGCUGACUGGAACAAAAUCUUUGAAAUGAGCAAGGACAAGAAUUUGUUUCAAAACCUCAUCAACAGCUUGUUCCCGUCUAUUCAUGGCAAUGAUGAAGUUAAGAAAGGAAUUUUGCUCAUGCUGUUUGGUGGAGUACCAAAGCACGCGAAAGGAGGAACAAAUCUGCGUGGUGACAUCAAUAUCUGCAUUGUUGGAGACCCUAGUACCGCGAAAUCUCAGCUUUUGAAGCAGGUUGCCGACUUCACACCAAGAGCGAUUUACACCUCUGGCAAAGGCACUACUGCGGCCGGCCUGACAGCAGCUGUCGUCAAGGAUGAAGAAUCCUUUGACUUUGUUAUCGAAGCCGGAGCGUUGAUGCUGGCAGACAAUGGCAUUUGCUGCAUUGACGAGUUUGAUAAAAUGGAUUUGAAGGAUCAGGUCGCAAUUCACGAAGCUAUGGAACAGCAGACCAUCUCAAUUGCAAAGGCUGGAGUAAGGGCGACUCUGAAUGCCAGAACUUCCAUUUUGGCUGCUGCCAAUCCAGUUGGAGGCAGAUACGACAGAUCGAAGCCUCUGCAGCAAAAUAUUAUGAUGACUGCUCCCAUCAUGUCUCGAUUCGACCUUUUCUUCAUCAUUGUAGAUGAAAUGAGUGAAAUUGUUGAUUAUGCCAUCGCCCGUAAAAUCAUGGACCUUCACAGACAGAUUGAAAGAGCAUCCUCCGCGCCAUACUCCCAGUCUGAUGUGCUCAAGUACAUUAUGUUUGGCAAACAGUUCAAGCCAGUCUUGUCGCCCGCAGCGGGUGAGCUCCUUGUCAAGCACUACACCAAACUGCGGCAAAGAGAAGGGCCAAAUGCAGCCAAAUCUAUGUACAGAAUCACAGUGCGGCAGCUAGAGAGCAUGAUUCGUCUCUCAGAAGCGCAGGCCAAGAUGGAAUGCACUGAAACUAUCUUGCCACGGCACGUGUCUGAAUCUUUCCGGUUGAUGAACAAGAGUAUCAUCAGAGUGGAACAGCCCGACGUCAACCUGGAUGAAGAUGAAGAAAUGGAAGUCGACCAGCCGGCGGAAGAAACCGCGGAAGACACAGAGGGCGCAGAGGAACCGCCUGCGACAGCUGCACCGCCGAAAGAAAAGCAAAAAAUCAGUUACGAUGAGUACAAAAAGGUUUCCAACAUGAUUGUUGCCUACAUGAGAUCAAAAGAAACAGAAUCGGAUGGCGAGGCGUCCGAGGGUCUUAAGAGAAGCGACGUCAUUAAUUGGUAUUUGGAGCACAUCGGUGAUGACAUUGAGGAUGAAGAUGAGCUUCUAGCCAGGAAGUUUACCAUCGAAAAAGUUAUUGAUCGCCUCACGUACCAUGACCAAAUUCUCAUCCCCUUGACCGCAGGCGAAAUGGGAGAAAAGUCAGCACCAACUGAUGAUCCGCUUUUGGUUGUUCAUCCAAACUACAUCAUUGAUUAGACACUUUUUUAUUUAUUAAUUUACAUGCAUUGAACCCUCUCCUGGUACAUACAAUAAAAUCAAUACCUUCAUUCUCAAAACUGAA